AUGGCAGCUCGUCGCCCUAUCUAUUUCAACUCUGCCGCAGCGAACACACAUUGCGACUCGCUCCAGGUCGACGGUCUUGAAGCAUUCCACCAGUCUCUGCCAGAUUAUGCACCCACUCUCCUGAUUCCUCUGCCAGAAUUGGCUCAUGAAUUGGGUGUUCGUGCAGUGUUCGUCAAAGACGAGAGCAAUCGGUUGGGGUUGCCGGCGUUUAAAGUCCUAGGGGCGUCGUGGGGUUGCUAUCGGGCUAUCGCCCAGCAUCUGGGAUUGUCAUCCACAGUGGGGGUCAAGGGUCUAUUGUCGGCAUUACAGGGAGAGAAGAAGAUCACACUGUUCGCAGCGACAGAAGGGAACCAUGGACGAGCAGUGGCGUUCAUCGCACAGUGGUUGGGUAUACAGGCACGCAUCUUCGUGCCUCAGCAUAUGGUCGAUUCCACGCAGGCGCUAAUCGGCAGUGAGGGUGCGAGUGUAACCGUGGUCCAUGGGGACUACGAUCAAGCGGUGCAGGAAGCAGCGGACGCUGCUCGUAUCACCGAAGGAGGGAUUUUGAUCCAGGAUACGGCGUUUAAGGGUUACGAGGAGGUUCCCUCGUGGAUUGUGGAGGGGUAUUCCACAAUGAUGACCGAAAUUGAGGAGCAGUUAGCCCAUCAAUCCCUCCGGUGCAGUCUCAUGAUGGUCCCGGUGGGUGUGGGCAGUCUAGCUCACGCUGUGAUCCGAUACGGCAAAUCAAGGGAGCCACCUAUAUCAGUCGUCGCGGUGGAACCAGACACAGCGCCUUCUCUGUACUCCAGCCUGCAAGCCGGGCAGGAAACGACCGUAACAACUUCCUCGACUAUCAUGGAAGGUAUGAACUGCGGGACGGUCUCAACGACUGCGUGGCCCGACAUGCAGCGCUGUGUGGACGCCUGCAUUACGGUGUCGUCGUAUGAGACACACUGUGCACUGCAGUAUCUGAGUGCCCGGUCGGUCGCCGCUGGGCCCUGUGGUGGUGCAUCGCUGGCUGCGCUCCGGCGACUUUCUGCGGACAAGACUGGCUCACUGUUAGACAAGGACUCCGUUCUGGUCCUUCUCGGGACCGAGGGUCCCCGGCCAUACACACCUCCUAUGGAUGUCUCCGUGGAUGAUCCUGUCGAGCUGACUCAGGUGCUCACCAGGAUCAACUCCUCCAAUCCAUCUCUGACUAUGACGGAUGGGGCGGGCGAAGUCGGAAUCGCUGAUUAUCUGGCAGCUUGGUUCGCCCAUCGGGACAUCGAGUAUCACCGUCUUGAAACCGUUUCGGGACGACCGUCGAUUGUGGGCGUCCUACGCGGGGCCGGUGGAGGCCGGUCGUUGAUGUUUAAUGGCCAUGUAGACACGGUCAGUCUAGCCAGCUAUGGGAAAGACCCCCUUUCUGGGGCUUUGGGCGAGAAGAACGGUCGACAAGUGGUGCUGGGCAGAGGCAGUCUCGAUAUGAAGGGGGGCCUGGCGGCUGCCCUGGCCUCGGUAUCUGCGAUCAAAGCGACUGGCAAAAUCCCUCGUGGCGAUGUGAUUGUGGCCGCUGUUUCUGACGAGGAAGAUGCCUCGCGGGGGACGCGCGAUCUUCUCGCCGCAGGAUGGAGAGCUGAUGCAGCGGUUGUCCCUGAACCCACGAUGGGGAAGAUCGUCACGGCCCACAAGGGAUUCUUAUGGGUGGAAGUCGAUAUCCUGGGAGUAGCAGCUCAUGGGUCUGAUCCAGUAAAAGGCGUCGAUGCGAUUCUAUCUACCAGCUGGUUCUUCCGCGCCCUUGAACAGUACCAGCAACAAUUACCCGUGGACGAUACUCUGGGGUCGGCAUCUCUGCACUGUGGAUUGAUCCGAGGUGGUGAAGAGCCAUCGUCAUAUCCGGCUACAUGCACCGUGACGGUGGAAUUCCGCACAAUUCCAUGUCAGUCAGACGAGUCGAUUCUGAGUGACGUCUCGACGAUGUUGGAGAGCGUUGCCCGUGAGAAUCCUCUUUUCCGCUUCGCGGAGCCUCGCAUUACCAUGUCUCGUCCGACGCAGAAACUGGCGGUAGAGCACCCUCUGGUCAAACAGGCGCUUGCCUGUGCGGAGACUGUCCUGGGGAGCCGCCCGAAGCUUGGUAUUGUGCCGUUUUGGUGUGACGCUGCUUUGUUGGACGAGGUUGGGAUCCCGGCUAUUGUGCUUGGUCCAAAGGGCGAGGGAUUGCAUAGCAAAGAGGAGUGGGUAGAGGUGGAGAGUAUCCGGCAGCACGAGAGGAUAUACACGAAGUUGAUUGAAGUGUUGUGUCGAUGA